AUGGGAGAAAAAGAAUUAAAUGUAACUAACACAAAUAUUACGCUAUGUGCAUAUAACUGUCAAAGCUUUAAAUCGAAUUCAUAUUAUAUUUCUAAGUUGUUAAAGUCUUUCGAUAUUAUUUUUAUAUCAGAACAUUGGCUUUUAAAUAUUGAGAGUUUUUUGUUAAAUAACAUUGCAUUACUAACACACAAAGUUUUUUUUCAUGCGGCAGAAAAAAAUACACACGGUAGACCAUAUGGAGGAAAUGCUUUUAUGGUACGAAAAAAAUUGUCAUCUUUUUACAUAAUACAUGAAGAUGAAAACAUUCUUGCUAUUAAAGGCACACUUAACAAUCGUAACUUAAUUUUUAUUGGUGUUUACCUUUCAUCUUGUCGUAAUAAUAACGAAUCAUACGCAAAAUACUCUUCUCAGUUACAAACAAUCACUUCAAUAAUGAACAACUAUGAGGAUGAAGGAGAAUGUAUUAUUUCCGGAGACUUUCAGUCAUUUCCAUAUAAAAUAUAUGAUUCAGAGCUUCGUAAAAACAAAACUAGGAACAAUUUCUCAAAACAUCUCACUAAUUUUAUUGAAUCAAAUCAGCUCGCUUUUGUCGAUAUAAUCAACGGUGCUGGGCCUACUUAUACCUAUCAACAUAAAACUCUUUCUAACUCUUCUUACAUUGACCAUAUUGCAUCCUAUAAACAGACAGAACUAUGUUUUACAAACUGUCAAGUUAUGCAAUCUUCACCGCUUAACCUUAGUGAUCACCUUCCGGUGUCUACGAAUAUUAACUUUGAAGGUACCGGCUUAUCACACGAAAUAAAUAAUAUAAUGCAAAAAUAUAAUUCAAUACCAAAACAUGCAUGGAAUAACGAAAGGUUUAUUGACUUUUAUAAUCUCAAUCUAUCAAAAGCAUUUACUAGUUACGCAUUUAAGGAAGAUAAAAUAGAAGAAGAAAUUCAAAAAACAUGCUUAUAUAUAAAAAAUGCAGCUCUCUUGGCAGUUAAACAAUGUUUCGGACAAAAAGAAUUUUAUAAGUACUCGAAACCUUGGUGGACACCUGAGCUUAAAAAAAUUAAAGAUAAUCUCUCCUUUCACUUUAGACAAUGGCAAAAAUCAGGCUAUAAUAAGUCAACAGAAUGUAUAUCCUACAAAAGAUUUAUUUAUUCCCGAAAAAACUUUCGUAAAGCUAACAAAAACGAAAUCGUCGAAGAAUUUAGUCAUCAUUUCCAAAAACUACUUAAUACACCGCAAUAUACAAAUAACGAGUUCAAUCCUCUCCAAAUUCCACAUUUAAGUAAAGAGCCUAAUUCAAAAGUUAUCUCGACAGCUGAUAUUGAAAAAUGUAUUUUAAAGCUUAAAAAUAAUAAAUCUUACGAUUGCUAUGAAAUCAGUGCUGAACAUCUUAAAAACUCUCACAACAAGAAUCUUCUUAUUUUACUUUCGUCGUUUUAUAACAAUAUGUUAACAAAUGGAAAGGUUCCACACGGUUUAUCAACCGCCAAAAUUAUCCCAUUAGUCAAGUCUUAUAAAACAUCACUAGAAAAUCCAAAUAACUAUCGAGGAAUCAGCAUUAUACCAAUUUUUACAAAACUUCUCGAAUAUCUUAUCAUACACAUAUGUCCAGAUAUAACAGAAAGUCAUUCCCAUCAAUUCGGUUUUAAAGAAAACAGCUCUACCCUCCACGCAGAAUUUCUUCUGAGUGAAACAAUAAAGCACUAUAAUCAUAAUAACUCACCGCUAUAUAUAUGCAGUCUAGACGCCAACAAAGCUUUUGACAGUUGUAAUUGGGAAUUACUAUUCGAGAAACUCUAUUACCAGAAAAAAAUCCCAUUAUCUAUAGUUCAUACAAUAUUAUCACUAUAUCAAACAGGAACUUCUAAUAUAUCAUAUCUUGGAUGUACAUCAAACAAAUUUAGGCUGUCUCAGGGAGUGCGUCAAGGAUCCAUACUGUCGCCUCAUCUCUACAAUAUCUACACAGAGAACCUUCUAGAGAAAAUUGUUUCAGAAUCAAAAGUUGGAACUUCAAUAAAUGGUGUAUACACAGGUAUCAUUGCAUAUGCUGAUGAUAUAGUUUUACAAAGUUCCACUAUAUCUGGUCUUCAGAGCCUUAUUAACAUUGUUCAAAAGUAUGGACUAUCGAACUUUAUUAAACUGAAUACAGAAAAAACUGAAUUUCUAAUAUCUGGAAUAAGUUCGAUUUUAAUUAACGUUAUUUAUAUUAACGGUGAUCCUAUCAAGCCUCAAAACAAUCUAAAACAUCUUGGUCUUAUAAGAAAUGGACUUCGCUUUUGCCAGCCUGCUACCAUAGUUCAUUUAUUUAAUUCUUUAGCUGUUCCAACGUUGUUAUACGGAUUAGAACUGUGUGGAAGCAGCAAUAAGUUUCUAAAUAGCAUUGAUAUAGCUGGACGAUCUGUCUUAAAAUCCUUCUUUAAUAUUUCAAAGCAAAGUAGAAAUUAUCUACAUUCUUAUUUCAAAGUAGACGCUGUGUCAGACAUUCUUUUUCGCAACAAGUUAAAUCUAUUUAUCAGGCUUUUAAACAACCCCAUAUGUUACUCGAUUAUACGGACUCAGAUGCCUUUAAUGAAUCAACGAUCAUUUGUGGGUGAGGUAAUGAUAAUGUGUAAGAAAGCUGAUAUAAACAUGCUCCAAUUUAUGAUCGAGGGUAAGAAAAUUAUAAUUGCACGCCCUCAGGAAGCAUUGGAGGCCAAUGUUGCGGCGAUCUUAAAACAAUCGUUCCAACACUGGAAUUUAAAGGAACAAAGAGAAGUAUUUAGAACGCUGAUGGAGGAAAACAUUCCAAGAACGAUGCAAGAAAAUACUUAA